GCAUUGUAUGAGCAUAUACAAACCUCACUGAGAUUAAGCUGGCUGCGCAUAAUGGAAGAAAGAAGAUGACAAAAAAAGCAAGAACAUUAAAGUUUAAUGAGAUGUACGUACGGGAUGUACAUGCAUUUUAUCAAUUGAUGUGGAAAUCUAAAAUGGGCAUUCAUAGACACAUUAUGUAUAACUAUGCCAACAUGAUUGGUGCUUAGUAAUCUCGUUCUUUGUGCAUCGAGUUACAUUUUAUAAUGUAGCAUCCUUCCUUUCUUCGUUCCUCAUGCAUUGAACCGCAAAAAUUCUUUUUUUUUCCGGUGAACUUUCGGUACCUUUUUUAAAUAAAUAAAAUUUUUUUACGUCACUCUCACUCCCUAAAACUAUGGAAUUCGACGCCGACAACAUCCCCUACCUUCGGCUUCCCCCACCCCAUACCUCCAUCACCUUAAAUACCUACCGCGCCACUGACGCACCUAUCCUAAUAUCCAUGCUGAAUCACCCAGCUGUGUACAUGAACCUUGCUGGGCCGCCAUUUCCUUACUUGCAAGAACAUCAUGAUUCCAAGGUAAAGGCAAUGGAGGCAGAGACUACGAAGGCGCUGAAAGAGUUCAGGGAGUUUGAGAAUGUGAAGAAGGAAAGGAAAUGGACGAGUGCAGUGCCGUUUAGUGUUAUUAGGGAGACCGAUGGGGAGAGUGGUAGAGAGACGGUGCUUGGGGAUUUUGUGUUCAGAAGGAGUGAUUUCCUUGAUGUUAAUGAUGAGAAAGAGAGGGAAAAUAUCAAAUCUCGAAACGACGCUCUGGAAGCAGGAGAUCCAGAUAUAGUGUGGGAGAUUGGAUGUUAGUUGUAUCCUCAACCUCAUACAUACCCCCAACUCUCUAAUUUGUCGAAGUCUCUUUAGUUCCCACAGCCCAC